UGGAAAGAAAUCUGUGGGCGCGCUCUUUAUGGCAAGUCUCAAAAGAAAGGGGGUGGGGGUGGGUGCGAGCAGCAGCACGUGAACGCGCCGUAUUUGUCGGAGACGGACGGGGUGCAGCUGGAAGAAAAAAAACACGCGCUCGCUCGCGCGCGCACGCUACUCCUCUCCCUCGUUCUCUCCGUUCUCGCGCGCGCGCUCGAGCGCGUACGUCGAAGGAAAGCGGUGCGGCGGCGACGGAGGGGGGAGAGCGCGCGAGGCAGCAGCUGCGUCAUGACGGUGACACCGCCCGCGCACCGUUAGGGGCAAAAAAAAAAAAAGGAAAAGAGAGAACGGUGGAGCAUGGCGCGCGACUCGGGAACCUUUUGUUCGUUUGUCCGGAAACCCUGGAGCGCGACGGGAAUAAGGAUGGAGCGGUAGGGGGGCCAAGACCAGGCGCGAUUAACGCGCGCGUCCACCUGCUGCUACACACACACACACACACACACACACCGGGGGGAUACGGUCAGCGCUUGAGAGAGAGAGACCCCCGUGGGGAAAGGAUGAAGAUGCUCACACGCUAAUCGCAGGGGAAGGAAGAAGGAGGAAGAAGACGCGCGUAUAACGGGCGGACGGAGGAAAACCCCGAGACAGGAAGGUCAAACAGUAAGAAUGACGUUUGUGCAGUGCAGACUUUCUCCAGAUUGAUGGAUGUGCUACAGGAGUCGCGAUUCGCAGGGCAUGAGCGCUGCCCUAGUCCUCCUAAUGCCACCGACCACGACUCGCAUGAUCAUCUCUCUGACAAGUCGCAUGUUCUGACGCACUGUGACUCCACCGAGCCUUCUCUUCUUUCUCCACCCACUCUGGAUUCCUCCAGUCAGACAGCCGAAGUUCCCUUCAGUGUGGCAGACCUGCACGAUGAGUCUGUCUCCAAAGCCACCUCUCUCUCCUCCCUCUCUUCAUUCUCUUCUCUCUCUUCGCUCUCCUCCCUCACUUGCUCCAAGCCCUUGAGUCCUUGGUCCAUGCCUCAGAGCUGUGACAGGCCACCCCUUUCCAGCAUGGAUUCUGGGGGAGCAGACUGCAUAAGCUGUCUACUUCCAAAGAACCAAUCAUGCGAGUCCGUUCUUGGAUUAACUUCAGAUUUCCAGUCCUGCCCUUCCUCAAACAUCAGCAUGCAGUGUCUCAGCUCUGUCGCCAGUACGGGCCGAUAUGGUGACCAAGUGCUAUCUGAUCAGCUCCUCAGUGGUCCCCCCCUUCCACCCGGAAUUAAUGAAAAUGCAGAAGAAGGCAAGUCAUUGCGGGAAAGCGAAUCAGAUGACGAUCCCACCUCUAGGAGUAUAUACGAGAGCUUGGGGGAGGAGGCUCAAGACUGGAGCUGCCUGGAGUCCCUUAUCAGCGAGAGCCGAAUGGAACUAUUAGAUUUGUGCUCUCGCAGUGAGCUGGCAGUCAAUUUGUUCUGUGAGGAAGAUGUGGAAAACUACAUGUUCCAGGAUGAAGAGUCAAAUCUGGGUACUGAUGUCUGUUCGCUCAAAAUUCGCUACGAGUCCUACCCGGAUGUGGCACAAGAACGGACUGAGGUCCCCCUUCAAGACGAAUCUCAACUAGGCUUUUUCCCCACUCUUCCUUGUAGCAGGACAGAAAGCUUGCAAGACAAGGCAGAUCAAUCAAGUGAGGACAAGAUAGAGGCCCCCACAACCCCCAACAGCAAUUUCCUUUUUGACCUCAGUAACUCACCAGAGGAUUCUGGUGAGUUCAGUGAUGACAGCUACUGCACGGGCUCAUCUCCUGACACCUGGCAAGCCCAGCAACCCCAUGGGCAACUGUCCAGGGAGAAUUCUAGUUCCUCUAGCCAGCUUAGCUACCGUCUUCGUGCCAAGAGGAAGGUUGCAUUCAGAGAAGACUACCUAUACGAUGUGGACUCCAUAGAGAGUGAAAGGAAUGCAGAAAAGCGCAAGAAGCUGUCAGUUGGACCUAAGAAAGAGUGGGACGAUGAGUGGUGCCCAAAGAAGCGGCGCCGGUCAUGUCGGAAGGAGCCACCGGUCAUCAUUAAAUACAUCAUUAUAAACCGCUUUAAAGGUGAGAAGCACAUGCAGGUGAAGUUAAGUAGAGUGGAACCUUCAGUCUCUGUUGUAAAUCUGAAUCCAGAUACCUUACUGCACUAUGAAAAACUGGCACCUCUGAAGGCCUACUGGCAGAAGAAGGAAAAGGAACAGCAAGAGCAGAACUCCUUAGCAGCUGCAGACAAAACCAAACGCCUCAAUGGCUGCAAAAGGCCUCCGAGCUCUACCCCUAAACGCAAACAAAGGCGCGCAAGACUCAGGAUUCAGCGGGUCCCUGCUGUAGAGACUCCAAUCCCCAGCCAAACUGCUGCUACCUUGUGUAACAAUCAACAAGAAAUGGCUGACUCAGUGAAAAGCACAGAAGACCUACAAGGGGCUGCAACACACGAUGCCUUGGACAAAGUAGAGACAGGUAAAACUACACACCCAGCCAGGGCUAAGAGCAGGACUCAAGAGAGAGAGGAGAGGAGGAAACUAGACAAAACAGUAAAGAUAAAGAAAUUCAAAAGUGAAGCCAGGCUGAGGGCUAAAAAGCUACAGGAAGCACAGAUAGAGGAAAAUGUCACUGCCUCUGAACUUACAGAGUUAAGUUCUUGUUUACCUGAAAACCUUAGUGACUCUUUGGAAAGUAAUCUUCUCACAAAUGAGACCUCGGCUGAAAAAUGCACUUUGACUCCCACUGCCCCUGGGACUAAUGAGAACGUGGACCUCUUGCCUGGUGGAUAUCUACAGACACUUCUGGAAGCUUCUGUUUCCUCCAGCAGUACCAAUGGGACAUAUUUUUCUACAGACCAGCAGCAGACAGGGUUGCUAUCAGUUGCAGACCCACUGCAACCAGUUCAGACUUGUGUUCUCUCCCCUCCCUCAGAAUCUGAGCUCCCACAGUCACCCCAGCCUCUCAAUCACAUCCCACACCAAACACCAUUCCCUGAAACAGACCACCCUGAGCAAAGCUACUCUGUCAAGUGGCCUUCUCAACCCACAGUUGAGCAGCUUGCAUUUUCCCCUGACAUUCCAACUCAGUCCCCAGUUAUGCCAUCAGGCUUUCCCAGGCCAAUGCCUGUACUAGCAGGAGAAGGCACAACAGUGACAGGGUAUAGCCAGGUACCACUGGGUACCUGCAGGAUGGCAUUUGAAGAACCACUUUUGCCAGAGCCCCAUUCGGAUACAGAUUAUGGGCGCAGUCCGGUGGGUUCACGAGCUGAAAACGGCAUGGGCCGACUUGUCAGCUUUAACUCCCUGGGAUCUCUUUCUGCAGCUUCAAGCAACUAUAGUUCUCUUAGCCUAAGAGAUAAUGAAAGAGAAAGAGAGGAGGAGAUGAGUGAGAUCAGUGAUGGUUUCCUUUCACACUGCAGCCCUCAGCUGGUUCUGCAGCAGAGUCUUGAGGAGAUCACUCCACUUCGAGAGUCCACUGACUUGCUUGACAUAUCAAACUUCACCCCUGACAAGUUCCGGCAUUCCUCCUUGUCUGAAAUGUCCCCGCCUGACACACCAAGCCCCUCACCUCAGCUUCUAGGGAACUGUGGCAAAGGGGGAGGGUUUGUAGAAGCAGCAGGGGCUAAUGUAAGGUGGAGCUGCAGCACUGUCCCACAAGUGGAGCAAGAUGCUUCACAAAAGACACACCUCAUACAAACCUUCACUGAGGAGGAGGAUGACGAAGGGCUUCAAGGUCUUAAGAGGUCUAAAAAGAAGGGAGGAAAGAACGGACAAAGCACUAAAAAGACCAAAACUCCUAAGGCGGCUAAAGGUGAGAAGGUUAAGCUUCCAAAACAGGGUUCAAAUUCUGCUAAGAAAAUUAAGGCCUUAUUAGAGGGCAAAGCAGCUAAAUGUGACAGGAAAUUAGAUAGCGGCGCUCCUUCUCCAACCCCAUCCCUGAACAUGAUAGGGGCUCAGGGGGACUGGCCGCAUGCUGGUGCCCUAUCAGAUGAUGAUCAGGGUGAGUUCCAAGAACCGUCAAACAUCCUGUCCAAUAUUGUCUCGGGCAUGGCAGAGGUGCAACGCUUCAUGCGGGCUUCUGUGGAACCACUUUGGGGGCCUUGUCUUUCUCCUGGCCAGCACACUCUCCAAAGCCAAACACUAAAAAUACUUGGUAGCAGUGCUGACCUUAAGAAACGGGGUAGUGCAUCAGGGGCAAGUAAGGGGAAGAAAGGGACAGGUGGCAAGACCUCAUCAAAACUUCUUGCACCGGGCUUCUUCCCUCCUAUCGGUUUGGAUUGCCUUCCACUUCCUCAUCGACCUGCUCACAAAAAGAUGUACCGGCACAAGAGCACCACAAAGUUUGCCCGCGACGAAGUUUUAUCGGGUAAAAGGGAUAUUAAAGGAGUUGCACUGGCAGCUUUGGUAGAGAAACAGAGGUAAUAUUUUCUCUUUACAAAGUACCCAUGUCAAUCCUUGUUUCUUCUCAAGUCUUACUGAGCCACCCCACACACUCACACACACACACACUCACACAAAAUCCAGAGCUGCAAGGCACUGACUUUACCCAAAAUCCUUUGCCUGCCCCACAGGAAAGUGGGUACACCCUGCAUGACAGCCCUGCUAAGCUACCUACUGACUAAGUGGAGUCACUGUUUCACAGCUGCAUCUAUCUGCCAUUUGCUGCUUUGUUGCAUUUUUUAAUCAAUUUAUUUCUUGAUCAUUUUUUUUUUAAAUAAGACAAUGCCUUGAAAGCCACCUACUCUGGUGUGUAGUAUUAAUGUAGGGGGGUUGUUUUCUUUUCUCAUCACAGGUCAAACGCUAUAAGUGUUUAAUCCGUGUGCAAACACUGUUGUUUAAAACAUCACCUUGCAAAAUGGUUGCCUUCUGUUGUUUAGGGGUCAAAGGUUUUUUUCUUCUCAUUAAGAAUUUUCCAGUGUUACUGUGCCAACCAUUCGGGAAUAUGGAUUCAGAAAACUCCACGGGUAGCGCAUAAUUAGGGGAGGACAUCAAACUUUUGUAUAAGGCGUUUGUGUCUUAAUGUAAUAGUUGUCUUUAGUAUUACGUUUAUUUACGGUUCGAGUAUUGAGGGUUCGGUCACCGGUGCCAUAGGCUGACCCGAGUCCUCUCUGCCAGUAUCGAAAUGCUGUUGUACAGGAACAUAUGCACUAUUUACAAAAUAAGAUUAUAUCAAACAUGUUUAAAAAUGAACGUGCCAAAAUAUGAACAAUUAUGUGUACAGAACAUUUUUAUCGACAUAAUAAAUAUUUGCUGUUUUUUAAUGUGGUGGUGGCUGUGGGAAUGUAUGUGUGCGGUGCCGGGGUGGGUUGGAGAAUCAUUUCGGAUUUUACUGUUGUUACAUAUGCAGACAUCGGUCCGUGGAGUAUUCUGUACAAUCGGGGAGAACCAUAUCAUAAUUUUUCUUUUUCUGAUUGUUCUGUUCAAUAUGACCUGCAGGUUCGCGAAGAAAGAAGAGUUGUAACAUUGUUGUAACUACGCAUGUGCCAAAUCGAAAUUAUUUAACGAUUUAUCACAAUUAAUUCUUUUUUUUUUCAACGUCAUGAAUGAUGUGACUUGGUGUCUGUUUCCGCCUGUUUUCAUAAGGCAGCGGAGAAUUCGUAUUUAGGAAAUUAAAGCCAAAAGAUUUAUGCUAGCUAGAAGGGAGGACUUGAUUUACUAUAACUCAAUACUUUAUCACAGUUCACAGUACAAAUCACAGAGUGCAGUGCCAAUAAAACACAAUGGUAUAAACAAGAAAACCACACUGAAAUAAUAUAAUUAAUAAUUCAAAUUUAUUAUGAUAUUUAUUGUCACUUGUUUGCUAGCAAGUAACCUAUUACACCUACUCGUAGGUGCUACUUUAACUAGGUAUAUAAAAAUAAGCUAUAAAUCAUCAUCUAGUCAAAAACGAUCAAUGGAACAUAGUUCGUUCAGAGAGUUCUUUUUGAGGACAUUAAAAGAGUACUUCAAUGCUGCAUUAAGGCUAAAGAGUACUUUUACUUAAUAUUAGCACAUACCUAAUUCUUCAUGACCUUCUAAGUGAUGUGUAGGGCCAAACUUUUGCCCCAAGAUGGGUUAAAUAUUCGAGCAUGUGCAGAUGGAACUGGACUAGCAGCACCAUAAAUCAGUACAGAUCAUUAAAAAGGGUGAUUUUUUUCCCCUCGUAUUUCCUUUUCAUGAAGAUCGCGUUCCCUAAUAGACUCGAAUAAACUCCAUCACGUUUGAGUUUUUCCGACUAAACAGGACCAAAUGUUUUUCUUUUUGUGUUUGCUCGCGAUAUGCAUGCAUAACCAUGAUAUUCAAGCUACGUUGUGCAUGCGGAUGCCCUUAUUUAGCAUCUUAUUUUGUUUUAAUUUUAUCCUCUUGCGAUGUUUCAGUGUUAUUUAAUGUUUACAAAAAAAUUAUAAUAAUAAAUUAAUGCUAGUUCCCCGGCAUUCCCUACCAUUCAUACCCCCCCAAUGUUUAUUUAAUUUAUAUUUAUUUAUUUUUUGGGAUCAGGGACUUACACAGAAUUCCCACUUAAAGAAAUGUAUGGAACACUUUGAAAAAUAAUGCAUCCACGUGCCAUAUUUACGAAUGUAUUACACCUUCAUGUAUUUUUUUUAUUUUGCAAAACAAAUUUUUUUCAUCCUGUAUUUAAAGAAAAAUCCUGUUUGUACCAUCUGGUAUCUUUUUCCAGGAGGAUUAUUAAACUUCUUGAUGUAAGGGGGAAAACAUUUAACAACCUGUAUAUUUUUCAUCGUGCCAAUUUGUAACAUAUUUUCUAAGUGUAUAUUUUUCUUAGAAAGUGCUGUGAGGUUUGUUUCUUGAUGUGGCUUCUGUCCUUAUUGCCUCCCGAGGCAGUGAAAAAGGUCACUGAAUUAUCAUGGGAUUUUUUUUUGUCUUAAAGCCAAAAAUUGUGAAAGACGAAAAAAGAAAAUCCUGUGGUAAAAGAGAGAAAAAAAAAAAGCUGUGGCUUUGUUGAGUUUUUUUGUUAUUGGACCAAUCUUAUUGUGAGAGUGUUGUGCUCUAGUAAAUCAAUUACUGAUUUAAAAAAUAAAAAUAAAUAAUUCAUGAAAACAGACAGCUAAUUAAUGAUGACACUAAUUUGUGAUUUAAUCUCUGUUUUAUAGAUUUUAAUGUAAAUUAUUCUAGUAUUUUGUUUCUGUUGUAUCCGUUUCAAAGGUUUAAAUAUUUGUGAACCAGCCUGUAUGGUGAAAAAUGUAAUAUUGGUAACUGGAGUUUUGUAAUCAUGUUUAUGGAAUAAAUAUAAAUUUAAAAAUA